CUAUGGGUAUUGAUGAACUUCAUUCAAAGGAUAACAGAGGUCAAACGGAGAAGACCAGCACCAAACUCUCAACCUGCCUCAUAAUUGUCCUCGGCAUUCCAGUAUGUUUCUUUUUAUGAGACUUUUUCCAGUGCCAAGAGCUUCAGUACAAUGUGGAAAUGGAUACUGACAAAGAGUGCCUCAGCCCUGUCACACCUGGCUUCUGUCUUCCUCCUUUUCCUCAUCUGUUCCUCGUCUGUUGGCUGCAAUGACAUCAGCAGAGAUAUGUUGUCUCCCAAUAUCACGGGCUCCUCGUCCAGCCUCGGAAGGCAUGUGCGCAGCUACAAGUACCUGGAAGGGGAUGUGCGGUGGAGGAAACUCUUCUCUUUCACCAAAUACUUUCUCAAGAUCGAUAGCAACGGCAAGGUCGGGGGAACAAAGAAGGAAAACUGCCCCUUCAGUAUAUUAAAAAUCACAUCAGUGGAUGUUGGGGUUGUGGCUAUUAAGGCAAUUAACAGCAAUUAUUAUUUGGCCAUGAACAAGAAAGGAAAAAUCUAUGGCUCAAAAGAGUUUAAUAUUGACUGCAAACUUAAAGAGAGAAUAGAAGAGAACGGUUACAAUACCUACUCUUCCAUGAAGUGGAAGCACAAUGAACGGCAAAUGUUUGUGGCUUUGAAUGGCAAAGGGUCUCCACGGAGAGGACACAAAACACGGCGGAAACACCCUUCAGCCCACUUUUUACCGAUAGUGGUGAGACAGGACGUCUCUAUCAUAUCAGACUAGAAUCAACGAAGGCAUAGCAUCGCAGUUAUGAAGAUAACAAGUCCUUGUUCCAACUCUUCCCAAGCAUGGCAAUACUGUUGAAACAUUGAAGCCUUAAUGAAGAACAUUAUCAGAGCUCAGGCAGUAAACUCAAGAGACAUCUGCUUGUAAAACUUUGAACAAGGCUUUGAUAUUCAGAUAACUGUUACUGGCACAGGGUGUUCUCAUGCCAGUAAACUGGGGUGGAAGCUAUUUCGCUGCUGGGCGAGGCAGAAAUGUCUUGUGAUACAACCUGAAGCACGAGAAGCAAUACAGUUGUCCGAUGUUGUAUGAUCUUUGUGAGAAGACGUUAUUUAUGGAGUAAUAACCCAUAUCAAAGACUUUAUGCUCAUUCAAGCCUGAUUAUCCAAUGAGCAGUUAAACACGCAUACGUUUAUCUGGAAGCACUUUGGGACAGACAUGAGAACAACUGUUUUCUGUGAACCACACUUCAAUACAAUAGACAGACGCCAAGAAACUAUAAGCACAGAUACUUAAAGCUGCUCUAGCAAAAUGAGUCUUCAGUUGGAAACAAUUUUACUCUCCAGUUGAGUUCCAAAUUCAACUCCUAAUAUGUGCUUAAUUUACAGAGGCUGCGGAUUCCUCAGAUUAACUCAGUUGUUCUCAAAUUAGCUUUGUGAUGAUCCUUGAAUGAAAGUAAACCGUAGAAUCCGAGUGCUUUCAUUCCUCACUAUAAUAUAAAUGUAGAAUGUAUUAAUCUUCUACAAUUCACGAAACGGCCCAUUUUGCUGAAAAAUUAGAUCCAUUUUGAUAGAGCAGGUCAAAAAAUAGUAACAGUAUACAUCCCUUUCUCAUUGUAACACACUCUGUAAGUUGCAUUAAGCCUCUCUUGCAGUGUGAGUAGAAAAUACAAGUAGUAGUCAAAUUGUAUUUUGUUCUAAAUACUUUUAAAGAUAUUUCUAUAAGAUUAAUAUUGAUGCUGCAUUCCCUUUGUACUUUUGUUAUUGUAAAAUGGUCUGUUUAUUUUCGUUGUUGGGAAUAGUAUUUUUGGUACAGAGAAGAGUUUUUGACAAGGCAGACUGUAGAUUUGUUCUAGAGUUUAACCUCUUUAUUGCUGGUGUCCCGUGAUUAUUUAACUUGUGCCAUCCUAGGCAAUACCUAGCCAGCACUUCCAGGUGUUUAAUCUGUUAUCUGUUUAACCACUACUUAGCUGUACAAACGAUGCUUUCUACGUUGCAUAGUGGAAAACAAUCAUCUGAUCACUGUCAUGGUUUCUUUAAUAAAGUUGAUUGUCUCUUACAUUCAGGACAACAUAUC